AUGAGAGCAACAACAUUAUUCACAAUCCUAUGCGUAGCACUAGUACUGUUCGGAAGCGUGAGCGCCGCAUCGUCCACAACAAAAGACAGCAAGAAAGACAAGGACGCUGCCAACCCGAAAACAGGCAGCAAGAAAGACAAGGACGAAGACAGCGAUGACGCAGAAGAUGAGGAGUCUGAUGUGAAGAGCAAGAUCAUCAAGAAGUCCAAGGCCACCGAAAACGCCAACAGCAGCAGUGCCAGCGUUUCCCUAGGAUUCGCAUUUGUAGCCAUACUUGCCGCCGUUUCUAUGAUUUAA